AUGGUUUCUGCUCGUGCUGGUGUUGCGGCCGUUGGCCUCCUGAACGGUUACUGGGGACAACACAGCACUCCUGGUGGCCUUAGGACACACUGCGAUGCUGGUGUUGAUUCCGUCACCCUUGGUUUUGUUAACAGCGCCCCUGAUUCCUCUGGAUAUCCCGGCAUCAACUUCGGACCCAACUGUUGGGCAGAUUCAUACCCUGACCCCAACACUGGCUUGCCCACAAAGCUCUACAGCCACUGCAUGACCCUCCAGCAAGAUAUUCCUUACUGCAGAUCCAAAGGUGUCAAGAUCAUUCUCAGUAUCGGAGGAGUGUACGACCCCGUCCUUGACAACUACAAGGUUACAGACAACACCACGGCUACCAACUUUGCCACCUUCCUUUAUAAUGCUUUUGGUCCUUACAACUCAAGCUGGACGGGCCCUCGCCCCUUUGAUGCCAGUCCCAUCGACCACACCGCCGUUGAUGGUUUCGAUUUCGAUCUUGAGCCUCCGGCAACCAGCGCUCUCAGCCCUGCCUGGUUGCUAAGAUUUUGUCUCAACGCAGCAAUGGCACCUUACAUCAAGAUGGUUGAGAUAUUCCGUGCUCUCAACCCGUCUUUGAUUAUGACUGCUGCCCCCCAGUGCCCUACCAACCCUCAAUACUUUGCCAUGAAGGACUUGAUCCAAAACGCCGCCUUUGACAAGCUUUUCAUCCAGUUCUACAACAACCCGGCCUGUGAUGCCAUUUCUGGAAACUCCCCCGGCGAUGCUUUCAACUACAACGACUGGGAGACCAUUGUUGCCAAUAGCGCCAAGAGCAAGUCGGCUAAGCUGUACAUUGGUCUUCAGGGUCAACCCACGCCCCUUGGAUCAACCGAGUCUGGCUACAUUGACCCCAUUGCUGUGAAGAACCUGGUUUGCCAAUACAAGGACAAGGCGCACUUUGGCGGUCUUUCGGUGUGGGAUCUGUCUCAGGGUCUGUCCAACGUUGUCAACGGAACGUCGUUUAACCAGUGGGCUCUUGAGGCGCUGCAGGUCGGAUGCAACCCCUAUCCUACUACAACCACCUCGGCUACUACUGUUGCUAGCACAACGACUUCCAAGGCGACUUCCACGACUUCCAAGGCUUCGUCGACUACCACAACCAAGGCUUCAUCGACGACUUCUAAGGCGUCUACCACGUCCAAGGCUUCGUCGACAACCUCCAAGGCAUCCACGACCUCCAAGGCUUCUACUACCUCAAAGGCGUCGACAACUUCAAAGGCCAGUACUACUUCUAAAGCCUCUACCACUUCCAAGGCAAGCACUACUUCCAAGGCUUCGACUACCUCCAAGGCGUCUACCACUUCCAAAGCCUCGACAACUUCAAAGGCAAGCACUACUUCUAAAGUAAGCUCUACCUCCAAGGCUUCAACCACCUCCAAGGCUUCAACCACCUCCAAGGCUUCAACCACCUCCAAGGCUUCAACCACCUCCAAGGCGUCUACCACCUCCAAGGCGUCUACCACUUCCAAAGCCUCGACAACUUCCAAGCCAAGCACUACUUCUAAAGUAAGCUCUACCUCUAAGGCUUCGACUACCUCUAAGGCUUCGACAACUUCCAAGGCGUCCACCACCUCCAAGGCCUCGACUACUUCCAAAGCCUCCACCACUUCCAAGGUCAGUUCGACUUCCAAGGUCAGUUCGACUUCCAAGGUCAGCUCUACUUCCAAGGCCAGCACCACCUCCAAGGCGUCCACAACUGCAAAGCCAAGCACCACGUCCAAGCCCACUACUUCUACGAAGCCCACCACUUCGUCUAAGCCUACUACUUCGUCUAAGCCCACCACUUCGUCUAAGCCCACCACUUCUGCCAAGCCUACGACCUCUACCACAUCUGUAAAGGCGUCGACUUCCAGCAAGCCUACCGUGUCGGCUUCCAGCACGAACGUGGGUAGAGGUGUGACCAGCUCAACUAUCAGCUCCACCUCUUCCAGCGUCCUGUACCCCACGACAACGAGCAAGUGGUCCAACUCGACGAUUACUCGUGGCUCGGCGUCUACUACUCCUGCUGGCUCUGCAACUGUUUCCCUCACGACCAGCGUUGUUUACACCACGUCUGUGCACACCGUUACCAAGUGCCCGUCCUACGUGACCGACUGCCCAGCCGGAGGCUAUGUGACCACGGAGACUAUUGCUCUGUACACUACCGUCUGCCCCGUCAGCGAGGCAACCCAGACUGCUGCCCCUGUGACCACGGCGCCUGCGACCACGGAGGCUUCUCAGCCUUGGACCACCAGCACUGUGUACACGACUCGAGUCUACACCAUCACAUCUUGUGCUCCUGACGUUCCCAACUGCCCGGCGAACCAGGUCACGACCGAGACGAUUCCCCUGUACACUACUGUGUGCCCCGUGACGGCGGCAGCUACCAGCACCCCCGUUGGACCCGCCAGUGUCGAGUUCCCUCAGAACACGGACGUUGGACAGCCUUCUGCCGGUGCUCCUGUCGUUGAAGCUGCCUACCCCACUGCUUCCAGCAUUCAAACCAUUGUCAAGCCUGUCACCUCCGUCGGAGUGCCCCAAGGUCCUUAUGGUGGAAGCAGUGUUGUUACCAGCUCUCCAAGCCAGCCAACCAACCCUGCGGGUUCUCCCAGCUACCCCAGCGGCGGUUCCGGCAGUGCGGCGCCUUCUGGAAGCUGGAGCGGCGUGCCCGUUGGUCCUUCUACGAUCCCUAGCAUUCCUGGAGCAAACGGUGCCUCUGUGAUGAGUGCUAGCCUGGUUGGUUUGGCCAUCGUUUUGGCUGCACAGGUUCUUGUUCUGUAG